AUGCCGAACGCAGAUGCGCCUGCUUCUCUGGGGGCUCAAGUAGCUACAGACAUCACACAGAUCGUGACGGUUCAUGAUCCUGUAGUCGAGACCGACGCAGCUGUGGCCCCUGUGCCAGAGCCUCGUGCUCCCGUGCCCGAAGAAGCGACAAGGACAACUGCUAAUGCCACUAGCAAGGACGUGCCGGGCGCAGAAGAGAUCCGAUUGUUACAGGAGCCUCAGACAAAGACGAAACCCCCGGCAAGGAAAUCAAGCCUUGGUGCCGGGAGUGUUUGUGAAGCCUUGGCACCAGUAGUUCGCGGCUUGGUUGAAGAGCCUUCUGCGGGAUUCAGGCAGCCGUGA